CCAACUAGACCCACUCCCCAAUAUUUUCUUAAAAAAAACAACUAAUGGAGCAAACCAUCGCUCCACCGCCUCCCUCCGCCGUCACAACCACCGUCACAAACUCCGACUCCGUCACCUCCUCUCCUCGCUACCGAAACACCGACUCCUGGAUAGAAGACAACAGUUCCACGGCGGCGACAACGGCGGCGGCGGCGGCGACCGGUGGUUUGACCAAACUCCGGCUGAUGUGCAGCUACGGCGGCCACAUAGUCCCCCGGCCUCACGACAAGUCAUUAUGUUACGUCGGUGGAGACACACGGAUCGUUGUGGUGGACCGGCACACCACACUAUCCGACCUCACUAACCGCCUCACCAAAACCUUACUCCGAUCGGCCACGUCACCUACAACGACGUCGUUCACAGUAAAAUAUCAGUUACCGUCUGAAGAUCUGGACUCGUUGAUCUCCGUCACCACCGAUGAAGAUUUGGAAAACAUGAUCGACGAAUACGACCGGUUAAAUUCACCAACCGAUUCUAACAAAUCGAACCGGCUCCGGUUGUUUUUGUUUCCGGUUAAACCGGAGUCGGUUACGUCUAUCGGAUCGCUUCUAGAAAGUUCUACUAAAUCGGAGGACUGGUUUCUGAACGCGCUUAACGGUACGUCAUCAGGCUUUUCCGAUACGUCAUCGGUUAAUUGUUUGUUAGGGCUUGAAGAUGAUAUUUCUGUUACAGAGAAGAAAGAUAGUAAUAUUAAUAAUAUUAUUAUCAAUAAAGGUGUGAUCGGUAAGAAUAUGAGAGCGAAUAAUUCGGUACAGGAUGUACAGUCGGUUCCGGAUUCUCCGAUGAUGGAAACGACGUCGUCGUUUGGGUCAGCAUCGUCGUCUCCGCCGGUUAGGGUUAAUGUGGAGGAUCAAGUGAAGGUUGGUGGAGGAAUUGAAGAGCAAUUUGUUCAGAUGAGUGUGCAGAGUGUACAGCAACAUGUUAAGAGUCAAGAGGAUGUGAGUUUUGUGGCGGUAAGUGCUCCGGCGGGUGUGCCGGUUGUUUCGAAGGUUGCGGUUAUGGAGAAUUCGUAUCGUGUGGCGUCGGAAGAUGAGAGAUCAGAGCAGGGGGUUCAAUUAGCAUAUAUUAAGCAGCAACAGCAGUUUCAGCAGAAGUUUGAUUUGACUUCACCGGAUUCGGUUUCGAGUGAUGGUAGUUUAACAAAUCCUUUAUCUAGACGUCAACCGCCUGUGACUUACCAAGAUCCAGUUGCACAAACCCAGUUUUCGAGUAAUAACGUUGUUCGAACGACUGAUCCGAGUAAUAUUCAUGAUCAAAACACUAGGAUUCCGAUUCAACAACCACAACAGGUUCAAGAUUCUGGUUAUGUGAUUUCAACCCCAACUACCCAAGUUGAUCCACAACAUCCUCAACUUCACCCGCAACCGCAGUUUAUUCACGUUCCACCGCCACAGUACCUCCACCAGCCGUCAGGGGCGGUUCCGAUGGCGUCAUACUAUCAGAUGUACCCAUCCCAUUCACAGAUUCGUGCUCCACAUCCGGCAGUUGAUCAACACAAUUUCGUGUAUUAUAUGCCAGCUAGGCAGCCACCGCAAGGUUACAACGUACCAUUACAGGCUGAUCCCGCUGCUUCUGCACCUCCUAGUAAUCAAGUUCCACCGCCGUCUAGCUUGUUCACUGCACCCCGUGCUGCCCAAACCGCUAAAACUGAACCAUCAGCAGGUGUGUAUCGAACCGCUACGAGUUCUGCUGCGCUGCCACCUCAACUGGUUCAGGUUCCGUCUAGCCAACAUCCGAUUCAACCUCAGUAUGUCGGCUAUUCUCACAUACAUCAACCUCCUCAGCCCGUCACUUCUGGCGGCAGUGGUAAUUACGUAUACGAGUUCGCUGAUCCGUCACAGCAAAGACCGCAUAUAUACUAUGCAGCCCAGCCGUUGCCACCUCAAUCCGCUGCUCAAUAUCAAACCAUGACCUCAACUUUGCCUGUUGAAGCUCAAGCUCAAGCUCAAGGUGGGUCCCAUCUUCAGGCGGAUAAUAGUAUGAAACCGCAGCAGGUAAGAACAUCAUCACAGCCUUGACAGGUGAGUUUCAAUUGAAAAUUUUGCAGUGACGUGUGUCUUUUCCUAUUAUUAUUAUUAUUAUGAUUAUUAUUAUUCUUGUUAUUGGUUUGUGGUAUGUAUUUGUGCUUGAAAAUAAGAACAUGAGUUUGAUUUUUUUUUUUUUUUUUAAUUCUAGUAUAUGUGUAUGCUAUAUUUACAUUGGUUAUGUUUGGAAAUCAUAUAAGAUAAAAGGGUUUUAGUUAGGAGUUUA